AUGCUAGACAGCAUGCGGCAAGCACUCAAGUUAUCCAGUGGUGGAAUUAAUAUAAUUGAUUUACCUUAUUGUAGCAAUUUAGCUACUGACCUUAGAGAGUUUGUGGUCAGAGUAUAUAAGGUGCUAAGGCAAUUAAAAAGUUGUGGUGAAAAUAUUUACCAGGAAAUGAUUUUAAUAGCUAUAGAGAAGAAAUUGCCGCGACAAGUGUUAAUUGAGUUAAAGAGUGAUAAGGAAAAAAGAGUAGGUGUGAAUAAUGAAGGAGAAUUAUUAGGAGGUACGGAGCAGUUAUUAAGAGAUUUAGAUGGAUAUGUGAAAAUUAAAGCAGAAACUGAUGCAUUAUCUAUAAAAGAAGAGAAGGAAAUUUAUAAGUUAAGAGAAGGUGGAAAGAAGGACUUUAGAGCAGUUGUGAAUAAUGUGAAAACGAACGAUGUAUUUCGUUGUUGUACAUUGUGGACAACAGCAUUAUAA